AUGGAAACGGAAAUUAGCGACGUAGAUGUGAGACCAAAGCUGGAUGAAAUGAUAACUUACCGCAUGGAGAAACGGUAUCAUCUCCCAGCCAUCACUUUGUCAAAUCCCAACACUCACGCUUUCUCGGCGAUUCUCGCAGCCACUUGUGGAGUGGACGAGCAGCUGAGAGAUGUGGAAGACGAGUGCGCAGCCUCAAAUCUAAUUCAAUGUGCCUCUGACAUAGCUAUUGUGAGCAGUUGGCAGCAGGCAGGCGACGAGCUUCUUCCGUCGGGAAGCCAAUCGUCGAUCAGCUGUGCGUCGGUUGACUCGCGCAAAAACGCAGAAAAAGCCUUGGCAAGUGACUGA